AUGUCCCAAAAUCAAGAGGAGAAAAUUAAACAAUUAGAAGAAGAAAUUGCUCAAUUACGGAAACAGUUGAAUGAACAAUCAUCAAGUGGUACCAAAGUGGUUCGAGAGAAAAUUGCAAAAAUUUCUUCCGAAGUAAAGGAUGAUAAUCCAUACUCAAGACUUAUGGCUCUUUCAUCAAUGGGCAUCGUUAAGAAUUAUGAAAGAAUCCGAGAUUUUACCGUUGCAGUUGUUGGACUCGGAGGAGUUGGAGCAGUCGUUUGCGAGAUGUUAACCCGAUGUGGUAUUGGCAAAUUAAUUCUGUUUGAUUUUGAUAUUGUUUCUUUGGCCAAUAUGAAUCGAUUAUUCUUUACACCAGAACAAGUAGGAAUGACAAAAGUUGAUGCAUCUAAAGAGACUCUCUCUAAAAUUAAUCCCGAUGUUGUUUUUGAAACAUGUUCCUAUAAUAUUACGUCCAUUGAAAAUUUUGAUCAAUUCAUGAACACAAUCAAUACUGGAAAUUUAUUGAAUAAUGGAAAGGUUGAUUUGGUAUUGUCAUGUGUUGAUAAUUUUGAAGCAAGAGUAGCCAUCAAUAGAGCUUGUAAUGAAUUAAAUAUUAGAUGGAUGGAAAGUGGUGUCAGUGAGGACGCUGUGAGUGGUCAUAUUCAAUUCAUGGUUCCUGGAUUGACUGCAUGUUAUGAAUGUGCUCCUCCCUUGGUCGUUGCAAGUGGUGUCAAACAAGUCAAACGUGAAGGUGUUUGUGCAGCAAGUUUACCAACCACUAUGGGUAUCACUGCUGGAUUGUUAGUUCAAGGAGUUUUGAAAUAUUUAUUGAGAUUUGGUAAAAUUUCAUAUUAUUUGGGAUACAGUGCCAUGAAUGAUUAUUUCCCAACCAUGAAAGUUCGUCCAAAUCCCACAUGUUCCAAUCCAAUGUGUGUGAAAAGGCAAGAGGAAGUUAAAAAGUUGAAAGAACAAGGAGCUCUGGAUUUGGAUCUUGAUCAAGAUGAGAAGGAACAAGUGGAGGAAACCAAAGUCGUUCACACUGACAAUACAUGGGGCAUUGAAGUUGUUGAUGACGAACAAGACAAUGUUGAUUAUCAUUCUCACUCUCACAAACAUGAACAUCUUUCUGAGGGAUUAGAAUAUCAAUAUGAAAAGGAGAAGAAAGUUGUGCAUGAUCAUGAGCUUGUCAAUGUGGAAAAUCAAGAUCUCGACGAACUCAUGAAACAAUUAAGAGAUACAAUGAUGUAA